UGUGCUUCAUUGUCCCCUGGUGCCACCAGACAUUGCUCAAGCUGCCAGCACCAUGAAGACGUGGACUUCAGAGCAUGUCUUUGACCACUCAUGGGAAACUGUUAUGACGGCUGUAAUGCAGAAAUCCCCAAACCCUAUGAACCCAGGUGUGGUUGGAGUUAAUGUGUUGAACAGACUUGUAGAUCCCUCUGGAAAGUUACACGGCCACCGACUUCUCAGCACAGAACGGGGACUGCUGUUCAUUGUGAAACGUCUUACUGCUGCAGCAAGAAGCAAAAAUAAUGUGCAAGAACAUUCUGUUGAUCCUGUAGAGAAAGCAAUGGAACUUAAAUCUACUAAUAUUUCAUUUACAAGUAUGGUUUCAGUAGAUGAGACACUUAUGUACAAACCACAUCCUCAGGAUCCAGAAACAACUAUUUGGACUCAAGAAGCCAUAAUCACCUUGAAAGGAGUUAGCCUCCAGAGUCACCUUGAAAGACUGAUGGCAAGUACGAUAUCCUCAAGUGCUAGUAAAGAUGGUGAAGCAAUGGAAUGGGGAAUACACAAAUUAAAUGCUGAGAUUGAAGAAUUGACAGCGUCAGCAAGAGGAAGCACAAGGACUCCAGUGGCGGCAGCAGCAUUUGCAUAG